CAUUAUCUUGAAUCUUUGAUUCAUCAUCCGCUGCCUCAAGAAGCGUCCGUCAUGGCUUGGCCACCACGUGUCAUCCUUCCAAUCCCAUCCAUAAUACCCAUCUCUCCUCUCUCCUUCCCUCUUCUCUGACUCUCACCAUCACCACCUCUGCCACUAUAUAUUAUACCAUAUUUGAUAUUCCUCUCCGAGUUGUCUCUCUUUCUUUUUUCCUUUUUUUGGGGAUAAUUAACGAGCGAGUGUCAACCUAGUGGUGCGGAAUUUAUUAUAUUCCUUUCACCUUUCGUUUUUUAUACGAUACACACACAAACACACAUUCAUCUCCAUUCCCUAUUUCUGAUAUUUUGCUAGAACCGGUCUCGUAUAUCUAUCGGAUCUUUAUAGAACGAGAGUCGCACGUUCAGGUUUUUGGGAUCGUUAGCGCAAAAUGGAUCACGCGGCGGAAGCUUAUAGAACUGAUUUGAUGACCAUCACGCGUCAUGUUUUGAACGAGCAGUCCAAGUACCCAGAGUCGCGUGGUGAUUUCACCAUCUUGCUCAGUCACAUUGUUCUCGGCUGCAAAUUCGUCUGCUCCGCAGUUAGCAAGGCAGGUCUUGCCAAACUCAUUGGACUUGCUGGAGAGACCAAUGUUCAGGGUGAAGAACAGAAAAAACUGGAUGUGCUUUCAAAUGAAGUUUUUGUCAAGGCUUUAGUUAGCAGUGGGCGCACAUGCAUCCUAGUAUCUGAAGAGGAUGAAGAGGCUACAUUUGUCGAGCCAUCAACUCGUGGAAGAUAUAUUGUUGCUUUUGACCCAUUGGAUGGAUCCUCAAACAUUGACUGUGGUGUUUCCAUAGGAACAAUUUUUGGGAUCUACCUAGUGAAAGACAAGGAUAACCCCACUCUUGAUGAUGUUCUGCAACCUGGAAAGCAUAUGGUAGCAGCUGGUUAUUGCAUGUACGGAAGCUCUUGCACGAUUCCCAAGAAAGGAAAGAUUUACUCGGUAAAUGAAGGAAAUGCCAAAAACUGGGACGAGGCAACUGCCAAGUAUGUAGAAAACUGCAAGUUUCCUAAAGAUGGUUUGUCACCCAAGUCUCUUAGAUACAUUGGAAGCAUGGUUGCUGAUGUUCACCGGACAUUGCUUUACGGAGGCAUAUUUAUGUACCCUGCCGACAAGAAAAGCCCAAAUGGAAAACUACGUGUUCUUUAUGAAGUCUUUCCAAUGUCAUACUUGAUGGAGCAGGCAGGAGGUCAAGCUUUUACUGGCAAGCAACGGGCACUUGACUUGGUUCCAAACAAGAUACACGAAAGGUCCCCUGUAUUCCUUGGCAGCUAUGAUGAUGUCCAGGACAUUAAAGAGCUCUAUGCUGCUGCUGAAGAAAAGAGUACUACUUAAACCUGCAUAGUCCAUGAUCCAUCAAUUACUCUUCCUCGUGUAUCAGUUUAAUUCCUCAAAUCCUUUGACCUACAAAUGUUUCUUUAACAUUUUGAGAAACAUACUUCGCUAAUCAUUUUCUGGUUGAAACUCUUUUCCCAGGAGAUGAUUUAAAAAUUCCUGGAUAUUGGGACAAAAAAAUUUAUUUAUCGUUUAUUCUUUUGAAAACA